AUGUCGGUGGCGUCAUCCGGUCUCACCCACUCGUGGGUACCGUGCCCGCGGGGUCCGGCUUCGCACUUGGAGGGGCGGAGCGCGUCGUCCCUUCAAAAUUCCCGCUGUGCAGAAGACGCACUCGCAGUGCUCGGACUGGACGCGUCGGCAGACCUGAGGCCGCCGCCCCACCCCGGAUCUUCUGCAGGAGUCGCGGCUUCCCCCAACGGCGCCUCCCACGCUGCUCCUCCCCCCUCGUUUCCCGCGAGUUCCCCCGUGCAUUCUCUCCGCGGUGCACCUUUCCGCAGUCUCAAGAGACACAGCGCUACCGACUCCCUCGCUGGGGCAGUGCCGGCCGUGGCAGACCGGGCUGGGGGCCUCCCCGGCGCGUCGCCUGGUGCAAAUAUGCUUUUUUGGGGGAGCGGGGAAUCCGAGGACGAGUCCUCUCGCUUCCCGAGUGAUCUGGGCACCGGAAAGACUGCGUUGUUCCCGAUGCUAUCGCAAGUCCAGCUUAGUGGUUCCGACGGCGCGGCCAAUGCGCUUGACACCAGUGCCGAAUGGAAUCUGUUGCUGCGUGCGGAGCUCCAGAGUGCAAUGGACAACGAAGCGAGAGUCCAUUUGCGGGCAAUGAGGGAAGACCAGAAAGCGGCGCUGCGAAACUUGCUGACUCUCAGGCAGCAUACAUUGCAGGCACAGCUGGAACGGAUCGAGAAGCUGUUGGCGACUCUCUACCGAGAUUGUGACGCCAUAUUCAGUGUCUCGGACGUGCUGGCUCUCAUUCCCGACGUCGCACCGCUCGUCCCGGCAUACCCUGCCCGUUCACCAUCAGCCGGCGGGUCCUCUGCUUACGGGACCGCUCGCUGCGUCUCCCCUCACCACCCUCCGGGCACCGCCAGUCACGUCGACCCUCUGCGUUCCCCCAGUCCCUCGAAGUCGCCUGCUCCACAGAUGACGAUCGGCAUUCUUGGGUUGUCGACUCUCCGUGGCCCGGCCAGCGGGGGAACUUCAGGCACCGUGGGAACCGAGAGUCUCUUUUCUUUGAUUUGCGACGACGCUGGCCGCGCGGGCUCGACCACGGCGACGCUCGCAGACGCCCUCCGGGAAGGGCACUCUGUAGCUUCGGGGGCCAGUUCGGGAGCGCCGGCUUUGCCUACGGGCGCUUCCGAGACUCCUUUGUUUCAAACCCCCGCCUCUGCUGCUGCUCAGCAGCUGGCCGCAGAUGUAGUUGCGUCCGACGCUCUCGCGUCUCUGGUGUUGAAGACACGAAGUCGACUUUCUGCACUGGAGCUGAGAGACAGGAGAGUACGUUUUGACGAGGAGCACAGAGAGCCCAUGUUCCAGCGCCACAACACUCGGUCGGCGUCUCUUGGAGCGUCGCGCGUGUUUGGUGGGCAAGAUUUCCUCAUGUCGUCAGUGGGCACAGCGUUGGCGGCCGCAGCUGCGGCAGCUGAGGCUGCAGAUGCACAGAACGAGGAGGAGUUUCUGAUCGAACAAGGGGCUUGCCAGCUGGGAACUAGCGAGAGGGCAGGCAAUUCCGAUGGUGCGGCUGGAGUCGUCGCCCCGUCGCCCGGAUCUCCCGUCUCCUUGCAGAACGGACUGCCCAGCCCUUCAGUGGGCAGCGCAUUGAGGAAUGCUUCGAGUGGCGGCGAUGGGACAUCACGAAGCAGUGGAGGCGCUUGGGAAGCACUCAAUGGAUCCAUGACUACGCAGGCUGGGGAAACGUCUGGAGGCAAUGUUGCGUAUGCAAGACCCCAGAGACGAACCGUGACUCUCCCAGGGAGCACGAAGUAUUUGCAACUCCAGUCGAUGGACGUACAGUGCCUGCUGCACCUUCAAGGCCGGUGCAAACCCUGCGCCUUCUACUACAACCGAAAGGGCUGCCGAAACGGAGUCAACUGCGAAUUCUGCCACCACGAGGUUCACUCGAAACUUACUUUAAAGCAGUGGAAGAAACAGCAACACAAGCUUAGCAAACAGGGUCGCGUGGGGCUUGGAACCGGAGAGGACGACCUUGUGGCCGUUGCCGCUGCUGCCGCUGCAUCUCGCCCGGGGGGGCUGAGGGCCAGUAUCGGCACGGCAGCAGAGCUCAUUGGCGCAUCGCCGCUGAGUACUGUAAACACCGGGACCUUGUGUCCGGGAUCUGUUGGCGGGUCAGGUUCGUGCGAAGCACCAGGAGUUUUGGAGGAUGCGGUGAUGCGCACCUUGUUCGGCAACGGAGACAUCUCUCGGAACCUGCCGGCCUUCUCCUUGGUCGGCGAGAACGGCUCGGCGACGACUGGAAGAGACGCAGUGAUUGCUGGCCUGGAGCUGUCCGACGAAGGCACAUCUGGUCCUCCACCUGGCCCAGCAUCGCGUCUGAGAGCCGCCCUAGCCUCAGCUGAAAGCGCCCGCGCAGCUGCUGCGGCGGCCGUAAACGAUGGGGACUACCAAUGCUCAUCGGAUGGGGGAAGUGAGGUACCCGGCAGCUGGGGCCAGCAAAAGGUUCCAGGUAGCCAGCAGUGA